AUGCAUAUGAAUCUAUUUAUAACGACGUUCAACGCCCAAAAGAAACCACCUUCGACGGAGUUUACAGAUGCCGUGGGGUUGAAGCUCCCUGCCGACCCUGCUGACCUCUAUGUGUUUUCGUUUCAAGAACUUUCAUCACUAUUGGAUUCAACAUAUUCCAACAUAAUAAUGGACCAGCUCACAGGCUUAGCACAUACCAUACAAGAUAUGCUAAGUUUGAAAUAUUCAGAGGCAUCUUUUUCAAUCGAUACCAUUGAACAGUAUGGUGGACUAGGAAUAAUUAUUGUAUCUCCCAGCACCUCCCAUAUUUCAAAUAUGGUGUCAUCUAAAGGGUAUCCCGUGGGUCAUUUAUACACCACUCUGAAAGGCGGGAUUGGAGUUAGACUAAAAUGCAACGACCAAGAGCUAACCUUUGUUAAUGUUCAUUUGAAUGCCGGCGAAAAGAAACAUCAUCUAGUCAAAAGAAACAAGGAUAUCUACGAUAUACUUAGUGGUUUAGAGUUUGAUGAUGGAUGGUCCGUUUUGAAACCCAUGGGUCAUGGAUUCAUUAUGGGAGAUUUGAACUAUCGAAAUACGGGUGCAUUUCAACUGGGAAGGUGUGAUUUUGGAAACUCGAAUGAAUUGCUGAAAGACGAUGAAUUGACCAUAAUGAGAAAUUCAAAUAUAGUUCUGCAAAUGUACGAUGAAGCGCAUGUUGGCUUUGAGCCAAGCUACAAAUAUGUUGUUGGCACUGACAAGUAUAAUAAAAAGAGAAUACCUUCUUAUUGUGACCGUAUCCUAUACGUUAAAGGCGGCAACUAUACCGUUUUCAAAUAUGAUGCUAUUAAAGAGUGUCGGAGCUCGGACCACAAACCGGUUUAUUUGUACGUCGGAGUUGGGGAUCCACCAAGGGAUAUAAUCAAUAACAGUGGGUAUCUGGCUACAAACACAGGAAGAGUGACAGUUAUUCUCAGGUGGAAUUAUAAGUUAAGGAAAAUUUUGGUUCAUCAGAUUUCGGCGAUCACAACGUAUCUUUUGAGCUGUGGUUUAUGGCUAAACUCUUCCCGAGGCAGAAUAUUUACUCUAUUCUUUUUGAUUUUAUUAAUGAUUUUUUGGAAAUACAUUGUUUAA